ACUAAACCGUUGCGUCUUUUACAGAAUGUGGAUCACAAAAUGAAAUUCCGCUCCAAAAAGGGGCAGCUGCCCUUCAUCGAACUGAACGGCGAGGAGAUCGCCGACAGCCAGAUCAUCAUCAAGGAGCUGACGCAGAAGUUCAACAACGAUCUGGACGCCGCGCUCUCCGCCGAACAGCGCAACAUCGCGCACGCGACGAUUUCGAUGGUCGAAAAUCACCUCGUGUGGGUCGUCAUGUGGUGGCGCACCAAAUUUCCCGAUCAGGUCCUCAAGGGGUACAAAGUAAACUUGCAGCACGCCCUUGGGACGAGAAUACCGAACGGCAUCCUUAACUUUCUCUUUAAAUUCGCGUUCGGACGCAAGGGCUCAAAGAAGGUGAAGGCGCAAGGGAUGGGCGUCCACUCCGCCGACGAAAUCAACGAAUUCGGACAGGGCGAUCUCAAGGUGCUCUCCGACAUGCUCGCCGACAAACCCUUCUUCUUCGGCGACGAGCCCACGACGUUGGACGUCGUCGCCUUCUCGAAUCUCGCUCAGAUCUACUUCAUCGACAAGGAGGUCAGCUACCCGCUUCGCGACUACAUGACGGAGCACUGUCCCAAUUUGGUCGGGCUGGUGAAUCGCAUGAAGGAGCGCUGCUUCCCCGACUGGGACGAUAUCUGCGCGACUCUCGACCUCAACUCGCACCUUCCCAAGCCGGUCGAGGACGAGGGUAAGGAUAAGGAGGGCUGCAAGGAGGAGAAGGAGGGCGAUAAGGAAAUGGAGCCCGAGGAUAAGGAUAUUGAAAAGGAAAAGGCUGAUGAAAAAGAAAAGGAGCAGGAGAAGGAGAAGGAUAUAGAGGAGAACAAAGAGAAGGAGGGUAAAUGAAGAGGUUGUAAGUUUCCAAAUCUUUCUAUGUCCCCCAUGUCCUAAAAUCGAACAGUUAUGAUUUUCAAGAAAGUUCGUGCAAGUUGUAGUUUUAAGAGUCAUUUUAUAUUUAACCGUUUUUUAUAAAUCGACUUACGUAGCUUCCGUUUCACUUCUCAUUUUGUAAUUUAAUGUAUUGGACAAAAAUAUUUCGUUAUCGUAAGGGAUAUUUGUAUAAAUAAAUAGCUAGAUUUUUUAUUGUAAGCAGUUGUAUGUUUGCGAAGUGACAGACGGCGCGCCGUCAUGAAAUGGGGCCGCCCUCUGCGACUUGUACAUGUUAGUGCAGUCUUUAAUGUACGAAAUUAUUACCCCAAGUAGCGUUUGCAUUUUCUAUAUUCAUUGUACUCAUUCCACAUUGCAUCACGACAACAACAAAACUAACAUUAGCUUAAAGAAGACAAGACAAAUUGUAACAACAUUUGUAUUUUGUAGAUUUUUUGUAUUUUUUUAAGACCAUAAUUUUAAGAUUAAUUGCUAAGAAAUUUUUCUAUCCAUCGCUAAAUUGUAAAUUCGUUGAAAGUGGUAAAAAAAAGAAGUUGCAGCAGUUUUUCUAAAGCUCAAAAAAGAGUAGAUUAAUUGAUUAAUUAGCGUGUUAAAAUUUAAUUUUAAGUAGAUUUUAUUAUUGUAUGUUUAUUGGACAAAUGUGUUGUAUGCUAUUACAAUUUAAAUAAAUAUACAGUAAUUUUAGGAGAA